GAGAAGCACAGGGAGGAGAGGGAGCUGUCCGCGGUUCUGAAGGCUUUGGAAGUCGUGGGCAAGCAGCGAAUGGGCGAACGAGCAGCAGAGGAGCCGAAGAGGGGAAAGAAGGGAGGAGGGAUGGAGGGAGGAGGAAAGGAGGAGAGAUAGAGGCAUGUUUUUUUUUUGUGCGUGUGUUUUUGGUGCUCUAGUUAAUCUUCCGUGGCAUCCACACGUUGAGGAGCAUCCCAAAAAACCCAAAAAAUCGAGAUGCCCAGUUUUGCGGACUUCUUGCAUGCAAGAGGAUAGCUUUGGGAAGUGGCUUCGUUUCAAUGCAUGCAUUCAUGAAGACAUUAAGUGCACACUUUUUCUUCUUGGACUCUCGGAAGUGUAUCAGACUUGUUUUCGACUUGUUUUCAAUUGAGUGGAAUCGAGGUUGAAGGGACCGAAUUGGAGGAUGCUUUCUCUUGCAUCCCAAUGGUUAGCGUAAACGAUUGGAAGGUCAAAUGUGGAAGGAAGCAUCUGCUGGACUUGCACUUGUAAGUUCUGCUCCAAGAUCUUUAGAGUCUCCAGGAUCUUCAGGGUCUUCAGGGGAGAAGGUGCUGAGGGCUGGGUAACUUCAGCCCCAGCUGCACUCUCCCCUGGCUUAUCGAGAUCCAGGAAUCUGUAAAAAAGGAUUUCAAUGGUCGCUUCUUGGACUUUACAAUGGCCAGCGCACUUCAUGCAGGACUAGAACUGGACGCUCAGGAUUUUUUGAUUCGGCUUGUUCACUCACAGUGGAUUCACCUGGACAGGUGUGCACCACGGCCAGCAAGUGCCCGGCUGGUAUGAAUGAUGAUGAGCGCUAACGAGGACAAGACGCUGAGAUUUCUGCAGUAUGUUGAAGACAGCGGUCUGAGAGCGUAUAACGGCCUGAUCACGCACAAGCUGGACUACGUGUGGAAUGAGAAGAGCAGGAGCAGCAUUCAGGAGAAAAACGACAAGAAGAGAAAGCAGGAAGAAGCUGGUAAAAGGACAGGUGAGGAGGUUCCAGCGGAGGUGAAGCACCUGCGUAUGGCCUCCGGGACCAUGCCGGCCCCCGCCGAGCGAGUGUCCCCCCAGCAUCCCCAGCUCUGCAGCGCCGGAUUCGCCGUCCGCUCCCAGUCCCUGCACUCCGUCGGGGGCGGAGAGGAAGAGGGCAGCCCCACCUCCCGCAAACUGCCUCCGCCCAAACCUCGCCGUGACCCCAACACCAAACUCAGCAUCUCCUCCGACUCUGUGGACUUCAGCAGCUCCCCCUGCAGGGGCGGAGACCCCGACAGGUGUGACGGAAUGCAAGGUUGCAGUGAGGACUGCAGGAGGGUACCACCUCCAAAGCCCAAGAGGAACCCCAACACCCAACUGAGCACCUCGUUUGACGAGUCCUACGUCCGUAAUGCAACUUCGAGGGUUUCCCCACCGAUGCCCUACUCCAGGGACAUCAAGGCUUCUUCUCCACCUCCUCUGCAACCUCAGAGCCCCCAGCAGGACUCAGACUCAGAAGAACCUGUUUAUAUCGAGAUGUCGGGAAGCGUGUGCCGGGAGCCAGCGAGUCGCGUUGAGGACGAGGAACCGGGGGAAGCCGUCUACGAGGAGAUGAAGUAUCCGCUCUUGGAUGAGUACGAUUCGCGCUGGGAUCUUUCCAGUUGUCGCUCGCAGUGCGCCACACCUUGUCCCUCGGAUAUAGACUCACAUAACCCCCUGAGCCGGUGCUCCACGCCUCGGGGGACACUCUGUGACAUUCCUGCACCUUUCCCAAACCUGUUGACCCAUCGACCACCUUUACUCGUCUUCCCUCCGGCCCCAGCACAGUGUUCGCCCAAUUCCGACGAAUCCCCGCUGACUCCUCUGGACGUGGCUAAAUUGCCCAUGUUAGACAAUUCCUCCUCCUAUGCCAAGUCACCCACCUCUUCCUCAUCUCUGGAGCCUCUCAGCUCCGCCUCCACCUCGCACAUAAGACGAGCAGAAAGGGAACUGACUGCAACCCCGACUCUAACGGUCUCAGGACGUUCCUCUGCACCCCCGCUGCCUUGCGCACUCUACAGGAGCUCAGGCAAUUCCCACAACUACCAGAGGAGCCAUUCCGCCUGCCCGUCUCCAGUCAGCAUGGGCCGCUGCCUCACUCCUCUCAGCCUCAUGAGGACCCCGGCCUUCGAUGGGCCUUUCUCAGGACCUGCCAUGCCCAGAAGUGCAUCAGCAACGCCCCACGGCAAGGGUUCUCCUCCGCAGGACCAAUCGAGUCGCCUGCACGGGUCCAUGCAGAACGUCUCGACCGGACGCUCACGGACGCCAACCAGCCCACUGGAUGAACUUACCAACCUCUUCACCACUGGCAGGAACAUGCUGAAGAAAAACUCCAGCGGCAGGAAGAGCAAGGAGCCUGGAGAGAGUGAAUCCAAGGGCAGGUGCCACAGCUCAGAGUCCAAGAGGGAACACAAGGAAAGGAGCCAUCACAAGGAGUCGAAAAGGGACAAGGAGCGCAGCAGCAAGUCCUCGCAUCGGCGCGAGAGCAAAGAUCCAGAGGCUAAUGGCACUGAAGCCGUCCCAAGGCGCGAUAGCAAGGACAGAGGCUGCAGUACUGCAGAGCCAUUAUCCAGACAUGACAGCAAGGACAAGGGAUGUAGCAACGGAGAGCCGUUACUGAGACGCGAUAGCAAGGACAGGGGAAGCAGCAACGGAGAUCUAUUACCACGGCGCGAUAGCAAGGACAGAGGCUGCGGUGGUCCAGAUCUGCUUCCUAGGCAGGACAGCAAAGACAGAGGAUGCAGCACUGCUGAACCUGUCUCAAGACAUGAGAGUAAAGACAGGGGUUGCAGCACUGCAGAAGCUUUGCCUAGGCGAAACAGUAAGGACAGAACUGAGCGAAUGGACAGAACGGACAGAAAUGACAGAACUAACGGCCCGGACAUCCUUCCCAGACAAGACAGCAAGGAUCUUUCCAGGAACGGUCUGGAACGUUGCGACAGCAGAGACCGAAGUUUCGAAGUGUUAUCCAGGCACGAUACGAAGGAUCUAGGCAUAGUAAGGAAUGGCCUGGAGUGCCGAAGGAACAGCAAGGAGGGUGGAAGGAACGGUUUGGACUCUCGUCAAGGAAGCAAUUACGCUUCAGACUGUGGACGCGAUGGCAAGGAAUGGAACGGUAAUGGAACAGACCAUGCAAACAGAAGAGACUGUAAGGAUCGGGGGGUCCACACAACUGAUGCCUUGACCCGACCUGAAAGCAAAGACAGCAAAGGCAGCUACAGCACAGAGUCGCCCAAAGCACACGACAGGGACGCAAGGUCCAACCGACCUGGACGAUCCCCUGUGAGCCCCACGAUGCCGGUGGGGAACUCUGAACCAAGGCCGGUUCCAAAGGUGGGUCGCUCCCCAUCCACACCAACCGCACCGUCUCCACUGGGGACACCACAGAGGCAACCCCUGGAAGCCCAACAACAGGUGCCACCCAUGCCAUGGGCAUAUGGAGAUGCCACCAUGCUGGAAAUGAUUGAAAGGAAGCAGCGCCUGUGCCGUGAGAUCAGGUCACGCCAGAGACUUCCAGACCGGAGCCCCUGCAAGAAGGAGACCCUCCCGGCGGCGCCCAACUGGAAGAAGGCCAACGGGGCCAAGAAAUAUGGACCACCUCCAUACCCCACCCAGACCACGGUCUUCUGGGACACAGCAAUCUGAUUGGUUGCUGAGCACUUCAGGACUUAGCCUCGCUCUGCCUGUCAUUGCUGAAGUGGGCGGAGCAUCCAUUAAUUGGACUGGCAGCACGCAAUUAACAUAGCAAUACAGAGUGUGCCGAUCGUCAGGUUUUCGUAUAUCAAUGUUUAUAUCCGAUAUUUUUGUAUUGUGAUUCCUUGUAAAUGACCUAGCAUUAACAGAUAUUUUCUAAAACAAGAUGGAAGAAUAUCUUUGCAAAGAAUAUGUAGAGUUAGCACAAUACGAAGUUCCUUUUUUGUUUUUGUUUCUUUUUUUACACCACAAUACACACAAAAAAAAAGAAUGAAUCUCACAGUAUCAUUGACAUUCACAGGCCUUUAUCUUUUCAGACCUCUCUCUCUCAAAUUUAAGGUUCGCCAUACUGAAUGAAGCGUAUUUAAAAAAGAAAAAAGAAACUGGACGAGGGCUAGCUUUUAGCGUGGCCUUGUCUCACUUUUCCGUUUAAAAUAGAAUGUGCAAUUAAGUUGUAUUAAGUACUCAAGUACUACAUUAUAAUAUACUUUAUUGCUUGAGCUUUGGGUUUGGGUACACAACUAACUACAAGGUUUUGAGGGUAUGUAAGAUUAAGAGUCGAAGAGUUACCGAAAGAAAGAUAAUAAGAUGGAGAGAAAGAUAGAGAGAAAGAAAGCGAGAGAAAGAUACAUAGAGAGAGAUAUAAAGAGUUUAUGAAAGGCAAUGGAUGGUGAGAAAGAGAAAGGAUGAUGACGCAAAAGGACAUAUAUAUUUGAGGCGCCACUUUUGAUCGGUAUCUGUAAAUGGUAAAUGGGUGUCGCCCUCUUUCUUUUGGGUCUGUGGCAAUAGCUGGCACGAGCCGGUGAGAAUCCUCUACCAUGCACUACGAGGAUAGUUGCCCAGAGAUUAAUGACAAUCUGGAAUAUUUAAAGUAUUUUUGACUUAUGAUGAACGUACGAUGAUUAUUUAAAGGUUGUGUACAUGCUUGUUUUUAAAGAAAGGCUACGUAUUUGGACGAGUCGUUUUCUCGCUGUGGUCCUGCACUGGAUGACUGUGUCAUUAUUUGUUGGUAAGUUGUUAAAACUGUCAUUUUGAUCGAUUAAUUUGUGACGGACACAAUCAGCCCUGUUUGGGUGUCUUGAAACCAAUGACCAAUGGCUCUUAGCAAAGGACUUUGCGACCGUGGCUACGCGACCCAGUAAUAGGGGCAACCACGGUUGCGUCUCAAAAAGGGGCGGUAAAGAAAAAGAAAUGCACUCCCGAUAACCUUCUACAUUAUUUGGCUGGAUCCUUCCUUCAGGCCACCCUCCCUCUACCUCAACCGUUCAAGAUUUGUCCAAGUGGUCAUUCAUUUGCACGUCAAAAUGCUACGCCUGCAUUGCCAAAGUGGAUCUUGGUGCGAAUUCCACACCCUUUCCCCUUUCACUAUAUUCCCACUUUAUUCGACUCUUAUGUAGGAAAGGUACAAAAAUGGGUUGCCUUGAAGAUCAGCAUUCACUGUGACUGGGGUAAAAGGUAACAAGCAGUAAAGUCUAAAACCUAGCAGACGCAACAUGGGCAACCAGUGCACCAGUCGAUGGUUUGCAUGUGGGCAUUCUGGCAUGGAAUCUAGAAGUGGAAUCUAGAAACGGUGCUUCUCCACUGAAUGGCAUCCACUCUAAAUAUGUCUAGUCGCCUCUACGUGCUCUACCACAACUUCCUUUUCUUGAAAUGUAGCUGGAUAUAACUCUGGACAAACACUGUCACCACCUUGUUUAGAAGGACAACACAAAAAUGAACCAUCAGAGACUGUUGUGACAUUUUACGUCUUGCAUAGAGUCACAAUUCUCUUCGGCCAAUCAGUGCUCUGCAAUGUUAACACGUCACAAAAUUUAGUCCCUGCACAAUUUGCCUGGAACUACAAGCGAGGAAAAGGUACCAUAUAAAGUAAUGUGCCUGGUUCCAGAUACCAGGAACCACAAUUCACACUCAAUUCUCUCUGGCCAAUCAGUGCUUUGCAAUGUUAAAAUGUCAUGCUGUAGUCCUUAUCCAAUUUGCUUGGAACUACAAGCAAUUAGGUACUACAGAAGUACUGUGCCUGGUUCCAGGUACCAAAAACCAAAUGUCCAGUAGAGUCAAGUAGAGCCAAGUCACGUCUAGAAGUUGCCAUGCAGUAGAAAAGCACCUAAAGUAUGGUCUUUAUUGUUGCUUUUCAUGAAAGGUAACCAUGGGCAUCUGGAAACUAAAGCCUUGCAGACCCAACAUGGGCAACCAGUGCACCAAUCGAUGGUUUGCAGGCAUUCAGUGGUGGAAUUUAGAAGUGGAGUCAAAUGGUGCUUCUCCACUGCAUGGUAUCAAUUCUAAUUACGUCUACUUGCCUCUACUUGCGUCCGGUCUUUAGUAUCUGGUUCGUUUUCUUCUACAACAACUCUACAUCUUGCGUAGAGUGACGAUUCUCUUCGGCCAAUCAGUGCUCUGCAAUGUCACUAUGUCAUGUUGUAGUCCUUGCCCAAUUUGCUUGGAACUACAAGUGAAGAGAAGGUACUACAGAAGUACUGUGUCUGGUUCCAGGUACCAGAAACCAAAUGUCCAGUAGAGUCAAGUACAGCCAAGUCAUGUCUAGAAGUUGCCAUGCAGUAGAAAAGCACCUAAAGUAUGGUGUUUAUUGUUGCUUUCAUGAAAGGUAACCAUGUGGCAUCUGAAAACUAAAGCCUAGCAGACCCAACAUGGGUAACCAGUGCACCAAUCGAUGGUUUGUAGGAGAUCUAGCAUGGAAUUUAGAAGUGGAGUCGAAAGGUGCUUCUCCACUGCAUGGUAUCAAUUCUAAUUAUGUCUACUUGCCUCUGGUCUUUAGUAUCUGGUUCGUUUUCUUCUACUAUGACUCUACAUCUUGCGUAGAGUGACGAUUCUCUUCAGCCAAUCAGUGCUCUGAAAUGUUACCACGUCAUGUUGUAGUCCUUACCCAAUUUUCUUGGAACUACAAGUGAACAGGUACUAUAGAAGUGAUGUGAUUGGUUUCCAGGAACAAAAAAAUAAAUUUCCAGUAGAGUCAAGUAGAGCAAAGUCAUGUAUAGAAGUUGUCAUGCAGUAGAAAAACACCUAAAAAGUAUGUAAAGUAUGAUGCUUACUGUUGCUGUCAUGCAAAAACCUUGUAUCUUUAUCUUUGCAGUUUUUGAUGUUUGGUUUUUGUUUCCAAUUGUUUCCAAAAUUCAUGAUGAACUGACCAAUAGAAAUGCUCCAAAAUCAUCAUUAUCACCCUCAUGAUCAUUAUCUUCUUUUUCGCUUGGUCCAAAUCAGGGAAAUCAGUGAACACUGUAGCCUAAAUGUCCAUAUCCACCCCCAGCAAGUUAUUGUGCUAGUAGAUUGUGCUAGAUACCCUUCAUAUACUUCUACGGAGGCAACUGGAGCUUCCUUUCAAGAUGCCAAAACUACGCUUAAACUAUCUGGCUCCUUCCAAUCGAAAGGAACAGUGGCUCUACUUUGAGUCAGCCCUGGAAAUCAGAGCUACUGAUUCUAUUGGAAAGAGUGAACCCAAGUAUUUGCUAAUGAAAUACUCAUUUCGGAAUAUUGUACCCAAAAUCUUGAACUUUCGGUCAUUAUCCUCACUUCUUGACCAUAAAUGAAGGUGCGGAUGAAGAUGACCUGGUAAAUCAAGAGUUUAUUACUUGGAAAUGAGGUGCUGAGACAUUUGAACUGCUCCUCUUAGGGUAGACUUAAGUCCAAUUUAUGCUUUUGCAUGAUAUCUAUUUCCAUAGCGUUCACAUACCCUACACAUAGCCUUGUAGCCUACCUUGCAGCCAUGUAGCUUACGCUGCAUUUACACUGCUCCAUCGCCUCCAACUGGUCACAUGUGGGCGUUACAAAGGCGUUUCCUGCGUCAUCCAAUGAAAUUGUUUUAAUAAAGAGGAAACGGUUUUAUACAAGCUUUAUUUUCUUUAUGUAAAAGGUAUAUUUAUAAAUAUGUUU